GAGUCGGUGACGUGGCAACCACACUGACAGGAUGAUCACGGACGUGCAGCUGGCCAUCUUCGCUAACAUGCUGGGGGUGUCGCUCUUCCUCCUGGUCGUCCUCUAUCAUUACGUCGCAGUCAAUAACCCUAAGAAGCAGGAGUGAGGCGCUGACGGUCGGAUGUUCCAGCAGUGACCCUGCGCCUGAAGGCCCUGCCUCACAUUCCCUCUUCUAUCAUGUACAGAUAUUUUCUAGCUUUGGUGUUUGCUUAUGAAUGUGGAUGAAUAAAGUUUGGAUGUCGAAUCCACGAAGGAGCAGCCA